AUUAUUGUUUUCUUGAGUUACAUCAGGUCUUGGUGAGAAGAUGCCGGUGGUAGCUUACCCAUCUGGGAAUGAUGUGUUCACUGCUCUUCUAUUGGCUUUACCUCCGCAGAUGUGGUCAGGUAUCAAGGACCAGUCACUUUUGCAAGAAAUGAAACAGCUCAUUUCCAUGGUUAGCCUCCCGACUUUGCUUCAACAAGAGGUUUUGCAUCUACGACGCCAACUUGAGCUACUAAAACGAUGCAAGGAGAAUAAACAAGACGAAGAGCUCUCUGCUCCUGCCUAAUUAAACAUAACAAGAACUCUCUA